AAUUUCAUGUCACUUAGAAAAAUACGGUUGUGGUGGUGCUCGCGACUGACUGAAACGAAAACGAAAGUGUUGUGUAAAUAGAAAUUACUUAGACAAAAAAAAAUAAUACUGUGGUAAAAUGAAAGUGUUCGUAUUUGCCGGAAUUUGCUUAAUUAGCAUUGUGAGUCUAAGCUCUGCACAAUUUUCGAAUGGACGCGUGUUGGAUCCCCCUAAUCCACAAUUGUGCGCUCAAAGGAUUAUUCACGAAAAGACACCCGAUGGCAAAGGCUACUUCUUUUCUUGGCGCGAUCCUCAAUUGAAAGGCGUGGAAGAAGAUUGGUUGACAGCCAGAAACUUCUGUCGCAGACGUUGCAUGGAUUCAGUAUCAUUGGAAACUAGCUUAGAAAAUGAAUGGAUAAAGCAGCGCGUAGUUAAUGAAAACGUAAAAUAUAUCUGGACAAGCGGUCGUUUAUGUGACUUUAAGGGCUGUGAACGUCCCGACUUGCAGCCCACUAACAUCAAUGGUUGGUUCUGGACCGCCACUCUCCAAAAGUUGGCUCCCACCUCGGAACGUUCGCAGGGAGAUUGGUCGCCCAGUGGUGGCAUUGGCCUUCCGCAGCCUGAUAACCGUGAAUACAAGCAAAAUGGUGCUCCGGAAAAUUGCUUAGCUCUGCUGAACCAAUUCUACAAUGAUGGUGUAAACUGGCACGAUGUCGCCUGCCACCACAAGAAGCCAUUUGUGUGUGAGGAGAACGAUGCCCUUCUGAAGUAUGUGCGCUAUACAAACCCUAACCUGCGCAUCUAAGGUGCUGUAACCAAAUGGAUAAUGCAGCUAUACUAGAAAUAGCUGAAGAGAAACCAAAAAUGCCUUCUUUCGUUUUAAAUUUAAUCUAUUCAUAAGCAGAGAUGCUUUCUGGACUGUAUUAAUAUGAUCAUUGUUUUCUUUCUAUUUUUCUCAACUUUAAACUUUCAUAUACCCUCACUAUUUAGUUAAAUAAUAUUUUUUUGUAUUAAUUUAUGAUUAUAAUAUACAUAUACAUACCUAUAAACAACGAAAA